CAUUACUAACCUUGGUCCUUCAAUCUUUCAUGUUAGGGAAAAACAUGGGCCCUCGCAUGCUGUGAGGGGCUCAAAGAAGGAGCAGGGACCAAGGCUGAAGAGGCAUCUGGACCGAGGACUGAUAAAAAAUAUGGCUGUUGCCCCUAAAUUCUACAAGCAUGGCAAGAAGUUGACUGUUGAAGCAGAAAACCGAAAUGGGAAGGAGAAGAGCACUGAACACAAGAGUGACGCCAGGUCCCACAAAGCACCACAGGAGCAGGGAAAUUCUCAAGGAACUCUGAUGCGUAGCCAGGUGAUGAGAGAACAUUCAGUUCUGCCCUAUGCUCCUGCGACCUUGGAGCAGAAACCAGUGAUUUCUUUUUCCCGGGUCUCUCGUGGUCUCUCUGCCAGGCCCAAAAGAUUCUCAAGUGUGAUCCUGCAACCCCGUGCUACCCCUGGCCCUCUUCUACUGCAGCCACAGGUCCCCAAUGCCACCAAACAGGAUUCUGUUGUUGCUGCCUUAGAGUGGCAGAGAAAGCUGGAGGCUGCUGAGGCUCUGUUGGCCCUGAAAAACUCUUGUCAGCUUCCUCCUGAUUCUGCCUCUCUUCAACAGCAUGGCAGCAUGCCAGCUCAACAGCAAACGCUGGAACCUGAAUUAAAAAAACCCACCACCAACACAGCAACAACAAAAGACCCCUGUAGACUGAGGCCCCCCCCAACGCGGCCGUGUCUUACUGGAGCAUAUCAAAUGGAAGAAAUAGAACUAGGUCCUGCUGGAGAGCGAGAACUGCAACCUAGUCCCUACCUGCCACCACAGCCUGCCAGCUCUGUGUCACUUACUGGACAUCUGGAGUGCAUGUCCUUCUUGACCUAAGAGCCCAGAGUGGGAGGCCUAACUAGAGCACUGCCUGUUUGGUAUCCUGUUUUAUGUCUAAAAUAACUAACAUUUUUAAAUUUUUUAUUUUUAAAGUAAGUUCUCAUAUAGCCGGCCUGGCCUUGGACUCAGUAUAUAGUUGACGAUGACUUUGAACUCCUGAUUCUUCUGCCUCCACCUCCCAAGUGCUGGGAUUACAGGCAUGUACCAUCAUGCCUGUCUUUUUUUUAAAUUAUUAUUAUUUUAAGUUUUCAGGAGUUUUAUAAGCAUUCAGACCCCUUUUUUAUGACAUGAGGCAUUUACUUGACUGAAAUUUGAUGUUGCCCCUCUAUCCAUUAGUCCUUUGGAAUAAUUGCUGUUAAUGUUUCUUAGAAAAACAGUAUUGUGUGAUCUGAUGUGAUCAACCAAUGGGAUUCUGAGUGGCUUUGUAUGCCAGUGUUUUCAUUUGUCCUGUGAUUGUAUAUACACUGGCAGACUCCUGUAUGUAAUCAUCCAUGUGGAAUCAUGAAGUUUUUUCACUCUGUGUCUAGGCAUAUGUGUGUGUGAACAAAUAAUAAACAUGUACUGUAGGCAUUGAAAA